GAGAGACCUAAGCCAGGACUAGAAAAGCUGCACUACGCCACUACGACCAUACGAGCUAGGGAAAUUGCAUCUCCACACAAUUCCAACGGAUCCAUAGUUUUAUACUCCCCUGCUCUCCCUGAAAGCUCUCAAGACUCAAGUUAUCCUUUUUCGUUGUUCCAUUUCAUGGUUGCUUAACUGCCUCCCCUGCUCAUGCCAUCCUUCACAAUAGAGAUAAACCAGUUCUACCCAUUGCCAACUCAAGCACGGCGAAGGUGAUCUAUUAUUUCGCAACACCGCACACAAGAAAUGAGCAGCAGCAACAGGCUCCCCUGUGACCCGCAUCCGAAGAAGACGAAAAAGCCAUGGGCAUCUGCUGCGGCGGCACGGCUUCUCCUGCUCCGCGGCGGGAGGGCCGCGGCCAAGGAUGAGAGCAUUGAGUUCUUCUCCGCCCUACGGCUACGGGAGUGCAACCCUGACCCUCCUAUCUCCGGCCAAACCGGGCGAGGAGCGGCCGAUCGGAAGGGAAAGGCAAGGCGGAGCGCCGGCGACAGUGGCGAGCUGCUGGUGUCAGCGGAGAUCGGGAAGCACGACUAUGAUUGGCUUCUUACUCCGCCGGCAACGCGUGUCUCGUCUCCGGCGACGAGCGGGGCCGCAGCGGCGGCGCUGAACCGGCUAGCAAGACCUACAUCGGCUUCGCACGCAAAGAGUAAUUCGCCGCUCUCCCUGACAGCACGACGGGAGAACCGGAACCCGACGGCGUCGAGGCUGGCGAGGAGCAGCUCCGCCCCCGACACACCGGCAUUGGCGUCGUACGGUCGCCCGUCGCACGUCAGGACACUGUCGUCGGCGGCAUCAUCGUCGUCGUCGAUCAACGCCGCAAGCAUCGCGUCCGGGAGCUCUACGAGGACGCUGCCGGCCGGUUCCACGGCGACGAGCCCCCGCACGCCGGCCACCAAGGACAGCAAAGCACGACGACGACCGAGCAAAGUCAACCAGCUGGGGUGGACGUCAAAUUCUUCCAGGCCACGUGCUCCCACGACAGGCGCCGAGUCAACGAGGGUGACGUCGUCAGAAACAGAGCAACGACCGGCACUGGCGGCAAUGGCAAGACGUGCCAACGCCGUGGCACGUUCCAGGUUCGCGACCACAAGGUCAACGUCAACGGGCCAGACCGCGCAUAAUGCUUCGCGACCCAGCAGCAGCGUCAAGCCGCGACCUGUGCCAGUGGCGGCGGCCGAGCGGUGGCGCCGCCAGUCCCCGUCCACGCCUGAUGGGACCCAGACUCAUCAGAGCGCGUCCGGAUCCCGGGGCUUGGUUGCCAAGAGAUCGCCAAGAAACGGUGGAAAGGCCAGUGUUGUUGACAAGGACAAGCCGGCGCCUCAGCGGAGUACAGCCGGUGUUGCGGCCUCAGCCGGCGCCAUGAGAAGCGGCGCCUCUCGGAAGCCGCCGGCAAACAACUCUGACGCCAAGCCGCGCCGCCGUGCUGACGCGUUCCCGAGCACGCGCUACGACGCCAUGCUGCUGCGGGAGGACCCCAAGAACCUUACCUGGCUCAACGGAGGAUGUGGCGACGACGAUGAUGUCGACGAUGGAAGCUACCGUGCAGGUUUGGUCGAGGGCUCGCUGGAGCCGUUCCACGUGCCGGCCGGGGUCCUCAAGUGACUGUCCAUGUCCAUCAAUGAAAUCAAGCUGUCGUUACAACUCCGAUCUAUACCGAUGUUGAUGUAUGCAAUGCACAUCAUCAUUUCAAAAUGUUAAAUGACUGCAUUAUGUUAUCUCAAAAUGUUUGCACAACAUCAAUUCUCAUUUUUUUUGUUAACUUUGUUGCUCGUUUGGUCUAUACACA